UGAGCCCCGCCCCCGGGCGGCGGCUGCGGGCGCGCCUGGUGCGGCUGGUGCACGCGCACCUCGCACAGCGAACGGAAAAUUUUGAUGUAAACGAGAUCGAGAACAUCGCAAACGUGGCGGCCGACCUGCUCGACGCGCCCACCGAGCCCCUCGCGACCGCCGAGCCCAUCGAGCCCACCGAGGCCCUCGCGACCGCCGAGCCCACCGAGCCCGCCGAAUCGGAUGUGGCGCGGCUCCUGCUCGUGCCCUGCGACGCGCCGCCGGACAACUCCCUGGAGUACUGCGCCUUGAAGGGCGACUGCAUCAUGGGCAACAUCAACUGCCCCUUCGACGAUGACAGCGCUCUCGUUAAGAAGUUGAUCGCGGAGUCGAGCGAGCGGCGCGUCGAGCGGCCGGAGGCGGGAGAGGUACGGCUGUGGGCGCGGCGAGCUGUGUUCCGCGCGCUUUGCCUGCGGGCGCUGAUGGCGCUGAGGGCGCGCGCCCACAGCUCGCGUGCGCUGCUGCAGGGCGCCUUGUGGCUGGAGCAGCUGCUGGCGGCGCUGCACGACCUCGCGCUGCUGGCUGCGCUCGAGGACCACUACGUGAUAUGGAGCGAGCACGAGGUGCUCACACAAAGUGAACAUCUGCUGGAGCGCCUCCUCCGUGACGUCAUCAACCAGAGCUCCAGUGAAGACACGCAGCUGCUCACCUCGGCGCUGGCGGACCGGGCGGCGCGCCGCGGCUACUACUGGGCGUAUGCCCGGCGGCGCUGCGACCUCGCGCUCACCCCGCCCCCGCAGCCCCACCCCCACCUCCACCUCCACCCCCACCUCCACCCCCACCUCGACCUCGACGACUUCACGCAGAUCAUCACCGGCGGGGGGUUCUUCCACACCUUGCAGGUUUUACGAUUAUCCUUCGUUUUUAUUUAUUUGGAUACACCAGGUAUAUUGAUGAAAUGAAAAUAAUAGAUGUACACAUCGAACUAGCGCAAACAUUCAACAAACUAUAUAUAAACGACAUUUGUGACAAUUAUUUUCGUUACGAUGAAUGCGUUACAGGCGAACUCGAGGCGCGCCCGGGAC